AUGACUGCCUACACAAAUAAGAGGACAGGGCAGAGUAUAAUGAACAAAAUGGCAGCAGUUAAUGGAGAUGCAGUCUUUGGUGAAGCUCACAAAAUCCGAGCAGAGGAAUCACAGAAGGCUGUCACAAGCUUUAUGGGAAUGUAUUUAAUUGUUGCCUUCACUGUUGCCUUUUCCUGGCUACUUGGGUACUUUGACUUUUCAUUUCUGUGGGUGUUCAUUAGUAUUGCAUCGUUAUUCAUUGUUUGGAAGACCAAAAUUGGAAAAGUUAUCGCCCAACAUUUAAGCAAUGAAGAAGCAACUCUCUACAGGAAAAGGGCUUUUCGACAGAAUGAAACGGCAGAGUGGUUUAACUUUUUGUUAAACAGAUG